AUGCUCAACCCAGUCGAUUCUGUUAGCAACCCCGACCAAACAAUCAAUGCUGACUACUCCAAGAACCAAAUUAAAGCACAAGCCCGCGAACAUGAACGGUUCCGACGAAUCUGCAUCGGCAUGGCGCAAUCUCUUCACCGGCUCGACAUGCGUCUCCGUCUAGGGACCCUCCGCGAUAACGCCGCCUCACAAAGACAAGCGGUCGCCGAAGCCGAACUGCGAAAACACAAACCGACCUCCCCGACGGCGAAAACGCACGCCGAGGCCAGAGCUGAAGAAGAAGCCGCCGCGAAGGCUAAAGCCGCCGCCCAAGACGCAGCAAACCCUCGAAAACCUCACAUACGACCCCUGUCGGAAUCGAAAGCCAUCGAGUCGGGUGCGACCUUCAUCAGCGAAUCGUUCCUGUUUCUGGUGGCGGGUGGUUUGAUCGUCUUCGAGUCGUGGAGGUCACGGAGGAAGGAAACUACGCGCAGAGAGGACGUUGAGUCUCGGUUAGCUGAGCUGGAACAAUCAGAGAAGGCCGCUCGGCAGGCCUUGGUGGCCUUGGAGAAGGAGGUUUUGCAACAAAAGGCCAAGCAAGGGGUGCUGUCAAAGUCCUCACCCAGGAUUCUCCCCCGCGAAGUUUGGGAGGUGGAAAAGCAGGAGGAAGUGGAGGCUGAAGAGCCCAGUUGGUGGUCGCGCGUCACGUCUUAUUUCACAUUUGGUCAAAGUCCAGAACAGACGGCUGAAGCUGUUGUCGGCGAAGAGCAGGCCAAGAAGACCGAAGACAAGACCGCGCUGUUCUUCACGGUACUCUUUCUGCAUCAAUUGACCAUCCAAAUUCUCAUCCAAAACCUCACCAAUGUCUUCAUAGAAUCCCACUUACCAGGACACGACUUCAAUUUCUACCUGGGGACUAAUCCGCAACCUUUACGCGUCCUUCUCCUAAUACCCUCUUCUCUCGACUCCGACGGCAAGGAACAAACAAUUUCUCAAUUAAAGGAUCUCUCUACAUCCAUGCUGUCGUCGCCUGGAAGAUGCAUCAUCGCUCUCCUUCUUUCCGAACAACCAUUCAACAGCGCAACGGGGAAUUGUAAUCUAGACGCACUAUUGUCCCUCCAAAUCCUAACGAUGGAAACUCUAUCCAUAUCCGUCUCCAUACUUCCUAUUCCCGACUCAUCUAGCUUCCUUGCGAGUAUAAAAGAAUACAUGGGUAACCUCGUGGACAUCCCGGCGCAGGACCCUUCUGUGGCAGAUUCUAUCAACCUCUUGGCCCAUGCCCACUCCGACAACGCUGAAAAUUUGUCAGAGAACGACAUUAACAUCCUAAGCGAUUUGUUCCCAUCCCUGAAGACCAUGGGUCAGGCUGUGCGCACACAUGAGGGGCAGGAGAUUCUGUAUGAUUAUCUGGGUGAAAGAAAGGCAAGAGGCAUAAUAAACUUCUGGAAAGAUGACAUGGUGUAUGAGUGA